GCUGGAGAGCAGGGUGGAGGGGGAAUGAAAGAGGGAGAGAUAAAGGUUGGAGGGGAGAGGAAGGGGAAGGGAAAGAGGGAGAAGGCAGAGAAGGAGAAAGGAGAAGAAAGAUGGGAGAGCUGGGGGUGCUCAGCUGGAGAGGAGAAGCUCCAGGGAGAGCUCAGAGCCCCUUGCAGGGCCUGAAGGGGCUCCAGGAGAGCUGGAGAGGGACUGGGGCCAAGGGCUGCAGGAAUUGCCAGGAGCCAGGGAAUGGCUUGAGAGUAGGAUUUGAUGGGAUCUUGGGCAGGAAUUGUUCCCUGGCAGGGUGGGCAGGGGCUGGGAUGGAAUUGCCAGAGCAGCUGGGGCUGCCCCUGGAUCCCUGGCAGUGCCCAAGGCCAGGCUGGACAUUGGGAGCAGCUGGGACAGUGGAAGGUGUCCCUGCCAUGGCAGGGCUGGGAAUGGGAUGAACUUUAAUGUUCCUCCCAACCCAAACCAUUCCAUGGUUCUUUGGCGAGGUGGGGAUUGGUCCAAGGUUGGACUUGAUGAUCCCGGGCUUCCAGCCCCAGCGAUUCUGUGAUUUACUGCUGGGGCUGAUGCUUGGGUCCCCCUAGGAAAAUAAAUCUGCAUUUACUGGUGUUUCAGAGACGUGGACCCAGUUUCCAUCUCUACAGAAACCCAGGCCCUCACAGCACUUGCUCUGCCCACCAGCAAUCCCAAGUCCUGAGCCACUUCUGAAAACCUGCAUACAUUUAUCAGUGUCAGAGAAUUAGAGAUGAACUGAAGCAUCGGGGUCAUUUCAGUGCCUGUCUCACAACCCCAUUCCCCCAGGGAAAUGAUCAGGAGGGCAGAAACUUUCCAGUGAGACUCAGGUAAUUCCAUCAGGGCUGGCAGCUGAGGUGCCUCGGUACCUGCUGGUGAUUACUGAGGCUCCUUGUUCAUUCCGUUUGUGUUUAAUGCGAGAGCUUGGCUGCCAACGUCAUCCCUGGAAUAGAUUUUGGGCACGGUGACAGCAGCAGUCCUCCCACACCGUGUGUAAAUCGGGUAUAAAAAGCUACAGGGUGAGUCCUGCUUGUUAUACAUCCGAGAUGGAAAAGCCCCACAUCAGGAGAAUAAAGCCUGAUGCUAUUUUAGGCCUUCACCACAGAUGUGCGAUAAAAACCCCAACGUUUCACAACCCAGCAUUACUUAUAAAAUAACUCCUUUAAUAACCUGCAGAGCUCGCCAUAAAGCCACUUUGCAUCAUUUAUUUGCACAGGCUGGGCAUGAAAAGAAUAACCAGAAAGCUCAGGUUGUGCUUGACCUUGUGCUGUCCAUCCAGGGCAGGAGGGAUGGUGGGUUUAUUCCAGCACAGGUACUGGCUUGGUGCCUGAAAAUAGAAAAGUGCCUAAAGCAAAGCCUUUUAUGUAUCUUCAGGCCAUUACCCGUGGAUCACAGCACUCCUGGAAAAUCUACAGAUACAGAAUAAGCAGGAAGUGCCCUGGCAUAGCAUGAGCGGCCCGGGCGCUGCGGGCCAUGCCCUUCUCCAACAGCUCUGACCUCAGCCCGUCCUUCAUCCUGGCCAGCAUCCCGGGCCUGGAGGCGGCGCAGUCCUGGAUGGCCAUCCCGCUGUGCUCGGCCUACAUCCUGGCGCUGGCGGGGAACUGCGCGGUGCUGCUGGUGGUGCGCGCCGAGCCCAGCCUGCACGCGCCCAUGUACUUCUUCCUCUGCAUGCUGGCCGCCAUCGACCUGGCCCUGGCCACGGCCACCGUGCCCCGCGUCCUCUCCUUCUACUGGUUCGACAGCAGGGAGAUCAGCUUCGCCGCCUGCCUGCUCCAGAUGUUCCUCAUCCACACGCUCUCGGCCGUCGAGUCCACCGUGCUGCUGGCCAUGGCCGUGGAUCGCUACGUGGCCAUCUGCCACCCGCUGCGCCACGCCGCCGUCCUCACCAACCGCGCCACGGCCAAGAUCGGGCUGCUGGCCCUGGCCAGAGGGGUGCUCUUCUUCCUGCCGCUGCCUCUGCUCCUGCUGCCCCUCCCCUUCUGCGGCCCCCGCGUGCUGUCCCACUCCUUCUGCCUGCACCAGGAUGUGAUGAACCUGGCCUGCGCCAACACCACCCCCAGCGUGGUGUACGGGCUCACCGCCAUCCUGCUGGUCAUGGGGCUGGACGCCGUCCUCAUCUGCCUCUCCUACGUCCUCAUCCUCAAGGCCGUCCUGCGCCUCGCGGCCUGGAGGGAGCGGCUCAAGGUGUUCAGCACCUGCAUCGCCCACGUCUGCGCGGUGCUGGCCUUCUACGUGCCCCUGAUCGGGCUCUCUGUGGUGCACAGGUUUGGGAAGGGCCUGGCCCCACUGGUCCACAUCAUCAUGGGCAACAUCUACAUCCUGGUGCCCGCGGUGCUCAACCCUAUCAUCUACGGGGUGAGGACCAAGCAGAUCCAGAGGAGGAUCCUGAGUUUGAUUCACGUCACCGGCAGAGCUCCGCGGUGACCUGAGCUCGGCCCCGUCACCUCCCUCUGGCUCAUCCUGUCCUACACCGGAGGCUUUGGUGCCGGACUGUCCUCUCCGUGUGCUCCGAGGUGCUGCCACCAGGCUAAAGCUGAUUGUAAACUCCUUCCAAGACUGUUUGCCCUCACCAAACUCAGAGAGAAAUGACUGCAGUGAUUGAAAUACAAGCCCGACCUGGCAGGUUCCGCAAGAAGGGAAAAGUGACUCUGCGAACUUAUCCAGAUGUCCCAACAUCGCAGCUCCCAGUUCCUGUCUCACCUCUAACAGUGGCAGAGCAGAGCAGAUGCUGGAUGGCUUGGGAUGAUUUAGUUAAUUCAUUGUUUUCAUAUGGGUUUUCACAUGGGGAACAGUCACAUUCCAAGAGUUUUGCCAGAAAAUUUGUGCACAGCAUCAUUCUCUAACCAAAAUAAUUACAGGACACCCGUACAAAGUGACAUUACAGAAAUGCAUUUCAGGAAAGGAACAUCCACCUAUGGGGUCUUCUUCUGACUUGCUGUGUGCUCUGUCAAGAUCCCUCAACCUCCUCAUGGCAGGUGCUGUGGAAAAACUUCAGACUCAGAGCUACUGGUAGCAAUUGUAAAAAUAAUCUAAAUUAAUAAUUGUAUUCAAUAAAAUGAAAACAUCUCAAGGAUAAAAAUAAGCACGCCAUAAAAGUCAGUGAUGACUCCAAGCUGAAGGAAGUCUCAUUUCCAAGCCAAAGGUGUUCCACAAUGGGAAUUCCUAAAAAAGUCCUGUCACUGGUACCACUGAACAGUCUGACCCCAUCCUCUGGCACACCUUGGAGAGAUUUGUAUGGAUCGAUGGGAACCCCUCGCAGUGCUCUCAUUGUCAUGAAUUGUGGUUUCACACCUGAGGUGAAGUCAGGGAUGUGCUGGCAGUUCCCAGCGUGGCAGAUCCCUCAGGGGGGUGCUGGGGCUGAGAGCUCCUGUUUGACCUCGGUGGGUUUUGGGCACUGCCCGGACCUUUCCCGGGGAGCUGCAGCAGCACAGCUUGAUCUGCAGCCUUCAGGAGCCCCAGCUGCUCUCAGACCCCGGUGUCUCCAUGAGUAUCACACAAUCCCAGGAUCCUGGUGCUGGAAAAGCCCUCCCAGCCCAUGGAGUCCCAGCUGUGCCCGAUGCCCACCUUGUCCCCAGGGCAGAGCCCUGAGUGCCACGUCCAGCCCUUCCUUGGGCACCUCCAGGGAUGGGCACUGCAAAGCUCCCUGGGCAGCCCCUGCCAAGGCCUGAGCUCCCUUUCCAUGGGCAAAUUCCUGCUG